GCCCGACCCGAAGUCAGUCAAUCGGUUGCUCAUUUACGAGGCAGUCGUGCGAGCAUCAGUUACUUGAACGCGCGGGUUGUGUUAACAUAAAAAAAGUCGACGCGUCAGUUUGUGCUUUACUCGGCAGGCUUGAGUGAAAAAAUAUUCAAAAUGACUUCUGAAGCUAUACCAACAACUCCUGAAACCCCUGAAAAGCCGAAGGAAGUAAAAGAUGAGGCUCCGGUAGACAAUGGGCAGACUAAAGAGGAGCCGCCGGCGACUGAGGCGAAGGCAGAAAAAGUAGAGGAGAAAAAACCAGAGGCUGCUCCCCCGAAGCCGAAUGUACAUAAGACCAACUUUGAGAAGGACGUCGUGUACCUGUAUCAAUUCACACGUACUCCCGUAUUGCCCUCGACUUCUCCUUAUUGCUUGAAAGUUGAGACAUGGAUCCGUCUGGCCGGCAUCAAGUACCAGAACGUGGACCAUAAGUCCAAAUUCCGAUCCAAGAAAGGCCAACUGCCGUUCGUCGAACUGAACGGAGAGGAAAUUGCUGACAGUGCUAUUAUUGUCAAAGAGCUCUCAAAGAAAUUUGAUAAAAACCUUGAUGCCGGCUUGACCCCGGUACAGCGUGGUAUUUCCCACGCUAUGGUAUCAAUGAUUGAGAACCACUUCUCAUGGGUUGUUCUGUGGUGGCGUGCCAAGUAUCCGGAAAGCAUGAUAAAAGGAUACCAAGUUAAUCUUCGUAAUGCCCUUAACACUCGCCUGCCGAAUCCGAUUUUGAAUAUUUGCUUCAAAUUCACAGCUGCACGCAAGGGGAUGAAAAAGGCCAAGGCGCAUGGCAUCGGCCUUCACACCGAGGAAGAGAUACUUGAUUUUGGAAGGUAUGACAUGCGCGUGCUGUCCGAAUUUCUCGAAGACAAGCCUUACUUCUUUGGUGAUGAACCUACCCUGUUGGACGUGGUAGCGUUCGCCAAUCUUGCUCAGCUGUAUUUCAUCGACAAGGAGGAGGAGCAUCCUCUGCGCGAUUUUAUGAACGAAUGUUACCCCAACUUGGUUGGCCUUGUCAACCGCGUGAAGGAGCGCGCUUUCCCCGACUGGGAUGACAUCUGCCGGAUGAUCGAUGUGAACGCUCAGGUCGCCAAGCCAAAGGAGCAGGGGAAGGAGACUAAGGAGGGCACCGGCCCUGCUGAAAAGCAGCCGUUGGCCGAUGAUGCCGAGAAGGGAAAGGGCGAUGAAAAGGAGAAAGACCAGGAGAUGGAGCCCGAGGACAAGGAAGAGAAGUAGAUGCGCAGCCGAAGCACCGGCCGUACGGUGGGCGAAACGCAUACAACGCCCAACUAUACGCAUCGCGUAUAAUUAACGUCGCUUCGCCUACUGUACAUUAUUUUAUUUACAUUUAUUAAUAUUUACAUUUUAAGAGUCAGACUCGUAGUAGUUUCUGUAUAAUGAAAUCAUACAAAUCCAUUUGUCUUUCCCGUUUCUUUCAGUUGUCGAUGGUCGCGCACCUCGAGGCAGUGUCUUGCGUUCUAAUUAUUUUAUUAUUUGUACGUCAUUAUAGAUAGUUUAAGUCAAAUUGGCGCGUGGCAUACGUGUACACAGUGACUACAUGGGGUUUUCAAUCUUCUAAACACUUAUAUAAAAAUCAUAUCUGUAAAAAAAUACAACUUUAAGCUUUUGUGAAUAGAUUUUCAUCAGUAAAAACUCUCGGAUACAUCGCAUAGUCAAAGCCGUAUUAAUAACAAGGUAACGGGCCAAUUUGAAUUGAACUAAGUAUAUUUAGCUGUAUGUUUGUUUGUUCGUGAAUGUUGCGUAUUGAGAAUAUUUUCCAUUUUGUCGAGUCCUGGUUUUCGUUACGGUUUUGCUUAUUUGAUUUUUUAUUCGAUAUAAUAGGUGAAGGUUUAGAAUUAUAGGCAUUACAUAUUCGAUUUAAUAAUUAAUUAAAAAUUCGAUUUUAAGGUACUUACAGGAUUAGGUAAUCUUAAUUCAAAAUAUUGAUUGUUAGUUCGUAUGCACCGAUUAGGUCUUGUCAUUUCAAGAUGUCUGCCAAAUCUAUAACUUAUCGGCACGAUAGGGAGCAUCGCAUGACGUAUUCUUAAUAUUUAGUACCAUUUUAUUAUUAAGAGAAAACCAACAAUGGUCCCGAUAAAGUAGUUAAUAUUCUUCAUGUUGUGAAGUAGCUAUUUAAAUUAAAUAUUCUAGGAUUAUUGCUGCCGUACAAAAACGGUUUACAGUGGGUUUCUGAUACCAAAACCUUUGUAUAAAUAUGUUGUCAUUUCUGACUUUCAUCUUUGACGAGAUAGAUAACAAUAUGUUGUAAAAGGAGAUUUUGGUCUUAGAAACCCACGAUUAGUAUCGUAAUUUCUUAUAGGUAAUGUAUUUAAAACGGAACAAUGUUGUGUAUUUCGACUGGUUUAAUAUCUCAUUGUACUUGGUUUUACAUUGUUGAAUAAAAAAUUUACAAUUUACAAAUUUUUGAUAAAGAAAAAAAAAUUAAAAUUUCUGGAAGACUGUUUUUUCAUAUUAAGGUAUUAAUUACAUAGUCCGUAAUGUUUUGAUAUUGUAUUCAUUAAGGUUUAUUAUUAAAUAAAUUUGGUGUAAAUGUUGUCGUGCGGGGAUGCAGACGUAGCAGUUUUCGAUUAGUCCAAAUUAAAACAUAACGACACAUUAAAAGAAAAAUGUAACUCUGGCUCAAAUGCCAAGGAUCUAGAACAGCACCAUAUUGUGUCGAAUUUUAGCAUAAUUAAAUUCAAGCCGCCAUCUUGUAAACUUACGCCAUUUUGUGAAUAAGCUUUGGAUCAAGCUUAGUGUGCGUCGCGCAUUCCCAUUUUAUAUUUUUUUUUUAAAUAUGUUAUUUAACGAUUUCUUUUUAAUAUAUAAAUUCUUCAUCGACAUUCCGUAUUUAAAAUCAUCCCCAGUAGCGACUUUACAUGUCUUGUAGGAUUAAGUUAAUAUAAAAGGUCUUAUUAGCAUUGAGCAUUUUAAAACAAUAAUAAAAUUGACGAGAAAUAUCAGCUUUAUAUUUAAAUCUUUAAAGCAAAAUGCUCAAUGAAAUUAAAACCAUUUAGAUUUAAUAUAAUUAUAAGGGUUAUAGACAUAGUUUUAAGUAGUAAUUUCACCAAAUAUUGGUUGAAGUUACGCAUUUUUCAGUUUGUUUUAAAUUUUUAUUUCAUGUUUUUUGGGGUAAGGUUGACAGUAAAGUCCCUCCCGACAACUGCAAAACAUCACUGCCAUAAGUAAGUUGAAAUGUAGCUUAAAUAUUAUGAAAUGUAGCUUAAAUAUUAUGAAAUGUAGCUUAAAUAUUAUUAAAUGUAGCUUAAAUAUUAUUAAAUGUAGCUUAAAUAUUAACAUUUAGUAUAAGAUUUAAACAUCGCCGGUUAACGGAACGAUUUUUAACAUAAGUAACUAUAAGUUUCCAUUUAAGAAAUACAAAAUAGUUGUUUAUUCUGUUAUGGAAAACAGAAAUAUCAACAUGUUUUUGUACAAUUUCAGAAAUGGAAACUCAUAGAGUUUUAGGCUAUGGCAAAUUAUUUCAGCUUAUUAGUUUAACUUUUCGCUUCCGUUAGUUGGAUGUUUGAAUUUGUGUGUAUGUAAUUUGAUAACAAAAUAUUUAGUAUGGGAUACGAAUGGAUGAGUGUUUGAACUUUAGAAACGCCAUUUUCAUCUUUUAAAACUAUUUUGCUCGCUAAAUCUGCUACUAAUUAAUAUAAAUAAGAGUUUCCAUUGCCGAAACACUUGUACAAAGACUUCUCUAUGUUUCUUUUUGAAGAAAUUGAGAUAGGCAUAUUUGUAGUGGUGUUCCAGCAAUGAAAAUAUAGGUUAAGAAUAUAAAAUAACCAGUCUAGAUGUAAGGAAUGUAAGGACGUAAAGAAUGCCUGUAAUAUCGAAUGCUCAACAACUCGCGACAAGAUGACAACUGGGAAACGAAACAUUAGAUGAAUGGAUAAUUUUAAUAUCUUUAAUAUAACAUCUUAGAUUUAAUCUAUCCAUUUUAAUCUCAAUAUUAUGUAAGACUCAUUAAGAGUCAUUCAUUCGUAGUGCUAAUAUACAAAUUAAAUCUUAGUUAAGUCUUAUUCGAAUAUGUUUAUAUUAGGCGUGUAGUUAUUGUUUUUAAGACGAAAAAAAAAUUAUGUAACUUUAAUUAAAUUGAUAUUGUUUGAAACAUUUUUUCAUUAUAUUCAUUCGAAAUUCAUUGAUUGUCAUUUUUCUCAUUAUAAUUAAUGUAUUUAAUAUAUAAGUAAUAGGUUAAUUAUACAAUUAUAUAGAACAUUAUUGUUCGGCAUUAUGUCGUUUUUAACUGAGCUUUCAGUGGACGUAUUGUUCUAGUAAGUUUUCAAUGUAAUAUUCUGUCUAAUUUAAAAAUAAAGUGUAUACC